AGCUACCGUAGGGAUAGCUUGACAACAACUCAAGACCACUCCAUCCCACGACGUCCUCCGGUCACCUCCUCCAUCGGCCUGAUUUGAGAUUCUCCCAGCUCUUGCGCACUCUCGAAACGAAAUUCACGAUAGUCUAGCAAAAUGGCGGACAGAUAUUCCUUCUCCUUGACCACCUUCUCCCCAAGGUAAGCUUAAACCCUCUCGAGCUUCCCAUUGCGCGGAUCAAGCUAUUUCCGUGGCCCAAUUCGGUUCAUGGCUAAUUUCACACAGCGGGAAGUUGGUGCAAAUAGGUUCGUGGAGCUCUAAAUACACCCUGCGAAGCCUCGCGCUUCCACUUAUAUACCGACAAUGCAAUAAGUCCUGGGUGCUAAUGGUGAUGCUUCAGAAUAUGCAUUAAACGCGGUCAAUCAAGGUGUCACAGCAUUGGGAAUCAAAGGUAUGCUUUAUAUUUUGGCAGAUGAUCUCUUUUCUAUACAAAUUCUGACAUUGUUGCAAAGCUACAAACGGCAUUGUCCUUGCAACCGAAAAGAAAUCAUCGUCGCCCUUGAUCGAUCCUCCUUCCCUUUCAAAAGUCAGCCAUAUCACACCAAACAUUGGCAUGGUAUACUCAGGCAUGGGCCCCGACUACCGAGUACUGGUCGACAAAGCCCGCAAAGUCUCACAUACCGGAUACAAGCGAAUCUAUAACGAAUAUCCCCCAACAAGAAUAUUAGUGCAGGAUGUUGCCAGAGUCAUGCAGGAAGCAACUCAAUCUGGUGGUGUCAGACCCUAUGGUGUCAGUCUGUUGAUUGCAGGUUGGGAUGAGGGUAUUGAGCCGGAGUCCGAGGACGCUGCCACUACAGACACUCUGCCUGAUGACGAGAAGAAGCCAUCUGGAAAGACUGGUGGUAUCUUGAAGGGUGGACCUAUGUUAUAUCAGGUUGAUCCAAGUGGUAGUUAUUUCCCAUGGAAAGCCACCGCUAUCGGCAAAAGUGCUACGUCGGCAAAGACAUUCUUGGAAAAGAGAUACACUGAGGGUCUUGAGUUGGAAGAUGCUGUACACAUUGCAUUGUUGACCCUGAAGGAGACAAUCGAGGGAGAGAUGAAUGGAGAGACUGUUGAGAUUGGUACGUCAACAUCUGUGUAAUUUCUACCCCAGACUAACAAAAAUUCAGGAAUUGUUGGCCCACCAGCUCAUCAUCUACUUGGCGUUGAAGGGGUUGAGGGUGCUCAAGGACCAAGAUUCAGAAAGUUGAGUCCCCAGGAGAUUGAGGAUUACUUAACGAAUCUAUGAGUGCGUAUCUUCUGGUCUUGCAUUUGAUGGUUUGGGGCACCUGUAUUAUAGAUGAUCACAACCUGGAAGACGACAAAAUGGAUGAGACAAGAUACCAAAGAGUUUAAUGUUGCCUCUUGUCUACUUUUCAUUGCGAAUUUCACUAGCAUGCAUUUGUUCCCUUUGGAUAUUCUCCCUCAUUUGAAUUCCCGCCUAUCCGUUAGCCAGAAUUUACUAUCCAUCUAGGGCCAUGUCAGCCAUUUAG